AUGAAGUUGUCAUCCCUGCUGCUGGGCUGCUCGUCAGCUCUGCUGGCUUCCGCAUGCGGCAACCACGGCGACGAUAAGGAGUGGACGAAGGCCGAGUUGGAUGAGUUGGAAGCCAAAUGGGGUUUCGAGUGGGGAUUCACGGGCAUCGGCACCUUCGCCCACCUCAAGCACGCGAAGUGCCUCACCACUCCCUCCGAGCUCUACGACAUUGCCAUCAUCGGCGCCCCCUUCGACACGGCCGUGAGCUACAGACCAGGCGCCCGCUUCGGACCCCGCGCCAUCCGCCAGGCCUCCAGCAGACAGACAUCGUUCCGCGGCUUCAACCCCCGCGCCAACGUCAACCCGUACGCCAACUGGGCCAAGAUCAUCGACUGCGGUGAUAUUCCCGUCACGCCCAUGGACAACGUCAUCGCGCUCGACCAGAUGUCGACCGCCUUCAAGGAGCUUGGGCAGAGGAAGCCGGUCUCGUCGUCGCUGAGCAAGCCGAAGCUGAUCACGCUCGGCGGAGACCACAGCCUGGCGCUGCCUGCGCUGAGGGCGUUGAAGGAGAGCUACGGAGCGUUGAGGGUUUUGCAUUUUGACGCCCAUCUCGACACUUGGCACCCGGAGAAGUACCCCUCCUACUGGACCUCUACUCAGUUCAACCACGGCUCCAUGUUCUGGAUGGCCGGCAACGAGGGCCUCCUCUCCAACGUCUCCUCGGCGCCCUCGGUCCACGCGGGCCUGCGCACGCGACUCUCCGGCAACGACUUCGGCGACCACGAGGACGACACGGCGCAGAACUGGGUGCGCAUCGCGGCGGACGACAUCGACGAGAUCGGCACAGCCGGCAUCGUCAAGACCAUCAUGAAGACGCUCGGCACCGAGGACCCCGUGUACCUCUCGAUCGACAUCGACGUGCUCGACCCGGCGUUCGCGCCCGGUACGGGCACCCCCGAGCCCGGCGGCUGGACGACGCGCGAGCUGAUCCGCAUCCUGAGGGGCAUCGAGGGGUUGAACCUCGUGGGCGCCGAUGUCGUGGAGGUCUCGCCUGCGUACCAGAAUGCGGGCGAGGAGACUGCGCUGGCGGCGGCGCAGGUUGUGUACGAGGUCUUGAGCUCGAUGGUGAAGAAGGGGCUGGAGGGCAUGGGAAAGGAGGGUAAGGCUGCCGCUGCUGUUGAGGCUGAGACCGAGGCCAAGGACGAGUUGUAG